UUAGGUUGGUCGCACAGAGACAUUGAAAUAAACCAAGCUUGUGGGAGUGGAGGAGACGACAUGAAGGGCGCUCUUAGAGAGUGUAGCGUAGUAAACAAGUAGCAUCUUUAUUUCUGUUCCAAAAAAUGAGUCGUGGGUAUUCAGAAAACAACAAUUGCCUGAACAAUAACAACCAAAUGGUGUUAGACAUGCUCAUUUAUCCAUUAAUCGGAAUUCAUCAGACCAUCAACUGGGAAACUGUGGCAAGGCUUGUGCCAGGCUUAACACCCAAAGAGUGUGCAAAAAGGUUUGAGGAACUGAAGAGCAGUGGAAGCUCACCUGUUGACAACCAGUAUAGUCCCCUAAUGGCUGGAGAGAGUCCUGUUGAAACUUUAGCCACGUAUAUCAAAUCCUCACUUCUUGACACACACGGAGAAUUUCAGGAAACUUCAGUUGGUCAGGAUGCAGUUUCCAAAACAGGAAGACAUAGUAUAGCUUCCACGAGGAAUUGUUCUUCAGAAAGUGAAAAUUGUACUACUCAUAGUGGUGGAGAAAAGACUGAAGAAUCUGAAGGGCCAAACAUGGUGAUCCAUGUAUGUGAUGAAGCAAAAAGCUUGAAAGAAGAUUUUAUUUGUCCACGAGAUCUUUUGAUAUCAGAAAUGAAGUAUUUUGCUGAAUAUUUAUCUAUGGAUGCCCAGCGCUGGGAAGAGGUGGACAUUUCAGUUCACUGUGACGUUCAGAUUUUCAACUGGUUGAUAAAAUAUGUUAAAAGAAACACUAAGGAGAAUAAAGAUUGUGAGAUGCCCACUUUAGAGCCAGGAAAUGUCAUUUCAAUUCUUAUUUCUUCAGAGUUUUUGAAAAUGGAUUCACUGGUUGAUCAAUGUAUUGAGUAUUGCCACAAAAAUAUGAAUGACAUAGUAGCUACCCCAUGCAACAUGAACUGUAUUAAUGCAAAUCUUAUUACACGUAUAGCUGAUUUGUUCACACACAAUGAGGUUGAUGAUUUAAAGGACAAAAAAGAUAAAUUUAGGAGUAAACUGUUUUGUAAGAAAAUUGAGAGACUGUUUGAUCCUGAGUACUUGAACCCAGAUUCUCCAAAUAAUGCGGCAACGCUGUACAGAUGCUGUUUGUGUAUGAAACUUUUAACAAAAGAAACAGAAAGAAGAAUUCCUUGCAUCCCUGGAAAAAUCAAUGUGGAUCGACAUGGAAAUAUUGUGUACAUUCACAUAAGAGAUAAGACUUGGGAUGUUCACGAGUAUCUGAACAGUCUUUUUGAAGAAUUAAAAUCUUGGAGAGACGUAUAUUGGCGCUUGUGGGGAACAGUCAACUGGCUGACUUGUUCGAGAUGUUAUCAGGUUUUUCUCUGUAUAGAAUUUUCUCAUUGUCAGUAUCACUCAGAAGCAGUGGUUUACCCUCCUGCCACAGGCUCACCAAGUACUGUGGGCGCUGGGAUUUAUCCCUGCUGUGACCUAAAGGUUCUUCGCUUUGAUCCUACUCGGCUUACAAAGGGUUGUAAAGUGAAAGACCACAUGGUUGUUCUUCAUGAUCAAGGUGAAGGUGGAGAUUUGCUAUCUUGUCCGACUGCUAGAAUACUGGAGGAUCUGCACAAACACAGAGAUGUCAUUGUUGUGCCUUUUUCUAAAGAUACAGUCAGUGAUUCUGGGUUUGGUCCCUGUGAGGAGAAGGGCCUGGACUGUGAUGUUUUACUGGAGCCAAAUACACCAUGGGGCCCCAAAACUGGGGAGCUCAAUGCUUUUUUAUCACUGAAAAACUGGACUUUGCAACUGAAGCAACAGUCAUUGUUUUCAGAAGAAGAAGAAUACACCACCGGAUCUGAGGUCACUGAAGAUGAGGUUGGAGAUGAAGAAGAAUUAUCCAAGAAACAAAGGAAGAAGGAGAAGCCAAAGAAGUUCACUAAACAACCCAAAAAGCAGAUGUCUUCACCCUGUGGUCAGAAGAAAGAAAAGGCAUUGGAGAAGUCAACUUCUAGAGAUGUGUCUCCUUUCAUUGUGAGUAUGCAGCAGAACAAGUGGGAUGUCACAAGGUCCUUGAGAUUCAACCAGGAUGCGCAAAGAGAAGAUGAUCAGCGGCGGAUGUCUGAAAUUACAGGGCACCUGAUAAAGAUGAGAUUGGGUGAUCUAGACCGAAUCAAGGCAAAGGAAUCAAAAGAAUUUGCAGGAGGUAUUUAUUCCAGGCUCGAAGCACAAAUCAAGGCCUCAGUGUCAGUCAGUGCGCGGCAGGGAAGCUCAGAGAAGAACACGAGGUCUAAAAGCCGUUUUGGUCCAGGGCGUCCUGCAUAGAGCACCUUAACAUGUAACUAAAAAGGCAGAAGACACACCUCUGGACAUCUGGAAUUGCUCACCUCUUGAAGAUCUUCAGAACGAUGACUUCUAAGUUAUUCAUUAAUUAUUUUUGCACACCACAUAAAUCAUAAUGCGAAGGGAAGCGUAUAAUUUAGCCUUAUGGAAUCUAAUUGUAAAUAUGAAACUUCAAAUCUAAUUUUCUUUUAGUGUGAUGCUAGGCUAUAUAGAAAAUUGAUAUUUACAAAUUUGUUAAGACUCCUAAUAUUAAUUUAUUUAUUUGAAAGAGAAGAGGCCUAAACUCUCGAGUAGCUAAGGUCUUUUAAAACCUUAAAUAGUUAGAGGGACACACCUGGUGGUGGUGCCGUGCAUGUGCACUGAUUGUCGCAUGUCUUCUGUGAAUUGUGGGGUAGCACUGGGCACUGCAGUUUGUGUGCUGACAUUUCCAGCGGUGCUGAUUUUAUGUUUGCAUGGAUAUUAAGGAGAGACAGCCCUCAAGACUGCAUUAAGUAACAUGUCAUGGGGAGAUAUCUCUUGUGUUGGGCAGAAGGGGUAAGCAUUUUCAGUGUUAUUCCAUGGAAAGCACAAUGUCAAUCCAACUUUCUUUUUCUUUUGGUUUUUAAUGCUUAUCUGUUGGUCACCUGAGCUGGAAUUACUGAUUAUGAACUCUUUCUCUGUGAAGCUAGUGCCAUCCUGAAUUUGUUAAAAUAAUUGAUAGUUUUCGGAUAGUAAGUCAUUUCAGUUAUACGAGACACCCACUGUACAGUUCUCAGGGUUCUAAAACCCAACCACAUUUCUGUAGCCAUUCAAAUAGCCCUUUAAAACAGUUAUAACUGCUGAUUGCUUUAGAGUUCUCUAGAAGGAAGAUUCCCAAAUGCAUUGGAUGGAUGAAAAAUUGCAUAUAUUCAAGAGAAAUCAAAAUAAAAUUAUAGAGAUCAUGCUUUAAUUUUCCUAACCAAGCAGAAAGAGUGCUCAGGGAAAAUUUGUUCCAAACCAAAAGCAUAUAAAAAGGUAUGUGUUUGGAAAUUACUUAUAUAUAGGUCUUGUUAAACUUUAAGAUGCACUGUUUCUAAUUUAAAUGAAGAUUUGCCUUAUAAUUGAAAUUGUUUCAAAUUAUUUAGAGAACAGACUUUGAUAAUGUGUGACAGAACAGCAGUUUCUGUUGAAAUGUUGAAGUGUUACACUCAGUAAGCACAUACAGAAACCAUUCAUUUUAGUUUUAGUUGAUAAAUUAAGUUAGAUUUUAUUUGGUGUUCUAUGUAUGGAUUGGCCAAGGUUUUUUAACUUCUGUUUGGAAACUUUGUUGCAGUUUAUAUAUUUUUCAAUUGAUGUUUUUGAAACAGAUGAUAAAAUUUUUAUUUUUAAAAGAAAAUGUUUAUAAUACAUGAUCUGUAAGCCCUGCUAAAUACCAGAGUCUUGCUCAAUUUACUAUAUUCCCUUAUUUAAAGGAUUGAGGUACAUACAUGUUACAUAGUGCUGUGAUAGUCACAGCCAGAAGAGGGAAAUGGGCUCUUUUGAUUUUUUAACUGAUAGUAACAAGGCAAAUUGCUUCUCCCCUGGGGAGACUGUACCACUGAAUUGAUUUUUACAAACCACAAUUUAUCAGAAUUUGAUUCUCUUCAGAGCGUGUUUUUUAUUUUGUUAAUGUCUGUCGAACAUAACACAGGUACCACAAACAUUUUAUUCAAGCUUUUAAUAGCAUUUCUUUUGCCAAAUACUUUGAGGUUUGACAUUAAAUUAAUUCUGAAUUCCCAUUUCUUUAAUUGAAAUAAACGUUAAUGACAAAAAUA